UUUCGAUGCAUCGAUGUAUAUCGUGUAAUUCUAGGUUGGUAAGAUGGUUGAUUACAUCUUUCAGUUUAUUUGUCAAUGUUUGUCGUCCAAUUUAGAAAGAUAAAUUAUUGGACAGUCAUCUUGUCAGUCACUUGGGUUGUCAAGUUGAUCGUAAAUAUUAAAGUUCAAUUAGGAACAAAAUAUAGAGCGAAAUUUUCAUUUGAUCAUUCAUGAAGAUACAUAUACAUAUAUAUAUACACAAAAGGUUUAUUUAUUUUUGAAUAAACAAUAACUUGAUUAGUUAUUAAAAGAUAACUUCUAAUUAAACCAAUCAUUCUAAUCAAUCUAAUCAGUCUAAUCAAUCAUGAAUGCCAUCAAUUCAAGAUUUUCUAAAUUGAUUCUAUCUUAUAAACAUUGGGUGCAAUGUAAUCCACAAUUACUGGCUGACUUGGAGAGUACAGUAAGAUUUUUUUCUUACUUUACAGCCGGUCGAUAUAACAAUUCUACGUUAGCAUCUGAACUUAUUUAUUCCAUACCAAAUUUAAUUGAAUUGUUUAAUGAUUUAUUGAUAUCCAGUGGUAAAUAUAUGAAUUCGAAGAUACCAGAGUUGCAAUUAAAAAUAAAAAUCUGGUUAACUGUGUUAGAGUAUACGGAAGCUUUAUUCGAGGUAUCUGCCCAUAGAAUUUGGGGAAAAUCUGGAAAAUGGCUUAUUAUUGUGUUUAUACAAAUAUUUAAAGCUGUAAUGAGAUUGUAUUUGAUACAUGUUUACAAAGAAAACGUAAUUGAAAGUCCUUCCAUUAAGCCGCUUAAUAAGAAGAAAAUAAACCAAACAUACGACAAAGAUAUUAAAAUGAAAGAAGGAUUUCAAUUGAAACGAAGUGGUAUUGUAGUCAGGAGUAUUAAAACUUCUAGAUCUAUAGAAACAAGAAUUUGGACACCAAUAUCGUCCAUGAAAGAUGAAAACGAAAACGUUGAUAAUGCUUUUAUAUCUAAACGAAUGUUAACGUUGGCAGAGACUCUUUAUAUAGUAAAACCAUUGUUUCAUCUUUGUUGUUUAUCUGCAACUGGAAAAAUGAAUUGGCAACCAUGGUUUUUGUCUUUAAUUAUUGAUUUAUUUAGUUUACAGUUAUUUAAUCAUUAUGGACAAGCAGUUGCGCUUAAUACAGAAGAAUGGAAUGAAAUUUAUCAAAGAAAAUUAAGUAUACUGUUAUAUAUUUUACGUUCCCCUUUUUAUGAUAAUUACAGUCGUCUUAAAAUAAUAGCAAUGUUAAACAUAUUAUCUAGAAAAGUGCCUUUGGCUAAACUUUUAACAGAACCGAUACAAAAAUAUUUACCACACUGGCAACAGAUGUAUUUUUAUAUGUGGUCACGUUAACAAAUAUCCACAUCAUUUGCAUAAAAAAAAAAAAAAAA